CGUUAAUCACCGCACGCAACAAUGGGGAUCCGCGCCUACAUAAAUCUCGCGGCGACGAGCUGCUCUCGUUUUUCUCGCGCGCCCGCUGAUCCCUGCGAGCGCCUCUUGUGCCUAAUCCACGGCCGGCGGCGGCGGCGGCACUCGUGGGGAUUCGGCCGCGCGCAAGUAGGCGAGCGCGGGCCCGCGGGCGCGCAGUCGCUCGCGCGGCGCCAGACCGGGGCAGCCAGCCGCCAGCAUGAACGCGUCCGAGUCGCAGCAGAACCUGCUGAACAGCGAGCAGCGCGCGACCAGCGUGGUCUCGCUCAGCGCCCCGGCCGAGUACAUCCUCGGCCCGGUGGAGAAGCACUUUCUGCUCAGCGCCGAGCGCGGCGACUGCGCCACCGUGCGCCGCCUGCUCGAGGAGAACAAGGACCACCCGGAGAUCCUCAACAUCGACUGCGUCGACCCGCUCAACCGCUCGGCCCUCAUCGCCGCCAUCGAGAACGAAAACAUCGACCUGAUCUACCUGCUCCUCGAGAUGGGAAUCAGUGUCAAGGACUCGCUGCUGCACGCCAUCAAGGAGGAGUACGUGGAGGCGGUGGAGGUGCUGCUCGAGCACGAGGAGAAGAGCCACAAGUCCGGCCAACCGUACAGCUGGGAGGCGGUGGACCGCUCGGCCAGCAACUUCACGCCCGACAUCACGCCGCUGGUGCUGGCCGCCCACAUGAACAACUACGAGAUCCUGAAGAUCCUGCUGGACCGCGGCGCCACGCUGCCCACGCCGCACGACGUGCGCUGCGGCUGCGACGAGUGCGUGACCUCCAGCGAGACGGACUCGCUGCGCCACUCGCAGGCGCGCAUCAACGCCUACCGCGCGCUCACCUCCUCGUCGCUGAUCGCGCUGUCGUCGCGCGACCCCCUGCUCACCGCCUUCGAGCUGUCCUGGGAGCUGCGCCGCCUGAGCCGCAUGGAGCAGGAGUUCCGCUCCGAGUACAACGAGAUGCGCGAGGGCGUGCAGGUGUUCGCCACCUCGCUGCUGGACCACGCGCGCACCAGCUACGAGCUCGAGAUCAUGCUCAACUUCAACCCCACGGGCGAGGCCUGGGAGCCCGGCGAGCGCCAGACCCUGGAGCGCCUCAAGCUCGCCAUCAAGUACAAGCAGAAGCAGUUCGUCGCGCACCCCAACGUGCAGCAGCUGCUGGCCAAGAUCUGGUACGACGGCCUGCCGGGCUUCCGUCGCCUCAGCAUGGUGGGCCAGCUGGUCGAGGUGGGCAAGCUGGGCGCCCAGUUCCCCGUCUACAGCACCAUCUACAUGCUGGCGCCCGCCUCGCCCAAGGCCCUCUUCAUGAAGAAGCCCUUCGUCAAGUUCAUCUGCCACUCGUCCUCCUACCUGGUCUUCCUCAUGCUGCUGGGCGCCGCCUCGCAGCGCAUCGAGUACUUGGCCAUCGAGCUCUUCGGCACGGAGUGGAUGCGCGAGGUGCUCGCCGGCUGGAAGCGCAGGGAGCGCGGCUGCCUGCCCGGCCUGGUCGAGUCCGGCGUCGUCAUCUACGUGAUAAGUAUAGUCGUGGGCGAGGUGCGCUCGCUGUGGUCGGACGGCCUGCUGGAGUACAUCUCCGACCUGUGGAACAUCGUCGACUUCAUCCAGAACGUCUUCUACGUGAUCUGGCUGUGCAUGCGCGCGACCUCGUGGUUCAUCGUCAUGAGGGAGUACUGGUCCGGCGAGGAUCCCUGGUACCCCCGCGACCACUGGUCGGACUUCGAGCCGAUGCUGCUGUCGGAGGGCGCCUUCGGCGCCGCGAUGAUUUUCAGAUCUCGCUCGGCCGGAUGAUCAUCGACAUCAUCAAGUUCUUCUUCAUCUACACCCUCGUGCUGUUCGCCUUCGGCUGCGGCAUGAACCAGCUGCUGUGGUACUACGCCGACCUGGAGAAGAACAAGUGCUACCACCUGCCGAGCGGCCUGCCGGACUUCGACAACAACGAGAAGGCCUGCUCGACGUGGCGGAGAUUCGCCAACCUGUUCGAGACGUCGCAGUCGCUGUUCUGGGCGAGCUUCGGCAUGGUGGACCUCAUGUCGUUCGACCUCACGGGCAUCAAGAGCUUCACGCGCUUCUGGGCCCUGCUCAUGUUCGGCUCCUACUCGGUCAUCAACAUCAUCGUGCUGCUCAACAUGCUCAUCGCCAUGAUGUCCAACUCCUACCAGAUAAUCUCGGAAAGGGCGGAUACCGAGUGGAAAUUCGCGCGGAGUCACUUGUGGAUGAGCUACUUCGAGGACGGCGACACGGUGCCGCCGCCCUUCAACAUGAUACCCACCGCCAAGACCUUCGACCGGAUCGUCAAGUGCGGGAAGACGGGCAAGCCGACUCGCUCCAUCAUCAAAAAGUCGCGCGAUAAGGCGCAGGAGCGCCACGACACGGUCAUGCGACUGCUGAUCCGUCGCUACGUGACCACCGAGCAGAGCAAAACCGACGACUUCGGCAUAACCGAGGACGACGUCAUGGAGAUCCGGCAGGACAUCUCCACCCUCCGCUACGAGCUGAUCGACAUCCUGCGCCAGAACGGCAUGAAGACGCCCGAGGUCGACAAGGGAGACUCCUCUCUGUCGGGCAAGAAGGGCCGCGUGAUGGAGCGCCGCCUGCAGAAGGACUUCCAGAUCGGACCCAUCGAGGGCAUCGUCAGCUCGGUCAUCAGCCAGGGCGAGAAGGCGCCCAAGGACGUCUUCAGCCAGAUCGCCAAGGCGAUCGGGCGCAAGUCGAGCGAGACCAAGAAGAAGGACUGGAACGCGAUGGUGCGCCAGAACACCACGGCGCGCGACCCCAUCGGCAGCAGCACCGACGCCCUCGAGAAGCAGCACCGUCGCAGCAUGCGCAGGCACCUGCAGCACCAGGCCCACUCGGUCCUCGAGUCUCUCGACCCGCAGCGCCUCGUCGAGUACAAUCCCGCGCUCUCCGAGGUGUCCGCCACCACGAGGAUCGCCUACGCCAAGUUCAUGCUCAGGAGGCCGCAGAGGCAGGAGCCCGAGGAAGAGGCUGGCGAGGGCGGCGGAGCAGGGGAGAAGAGCAAACGCGAGAGUCAGCGCGUGAAAAUAGCCGAGCCGCCCAAGGCAGGAGAGGCGCCGGACAAGCCGUCGGCGGGACCCGCGCGGGCACUGAGCACCGCCAGCAGAAAGUCGCUGUCCAAGGCGGUCAGCCAGGAGAGGGACAAGCGGCCGGCGGCGGCCGCGAGCGUCAAGGCGAGCCUCGAGGCCAAGCCGUCGGCGGAGGCCCGCGCGGCCGCGCCGUCGCCCAUCCCCGAGGAGCCCGAGGCCGGCAAGGACGCGGUCGCGCCGUCCACGCUCAAGAAGCUGCCGUCCAAGGACGAGAAGGCGGCGAAGCCACAGCCCGCCCCGGUCGCCUCCUUGGCCGGGCCGCCCAUGGAGACCACCCAGGCCAGGGGCCGGUCCAAGGCCACCGGCCAGAUCGUCGGCGGCUGGAUCUGAGCGCUCGCUCCUCGCGCAGACUCUGCGCAAACUCUUGUACCGCUUCAUCAAUAAAAGCUCAGUUUUCCAACAAAGCACCGACAUUGCGCUCGUCCCGCCCGCCGCGACUCCCGCCGCGACUCCCGCCGGACGCGCACGGCCCGAGGAUCGCGCUCAGCAACUUCCUGCAACAGUCGGGCCGGCCGUUGGAGCGGGUCUCGGUGGCGAGCGCCGCCG